UGCUACCUUUCCCUCUUUCCCAACAGCCUCACUGCCUUUCUGUAAAGGAUUGUGAUCUUUUUAGUGUUGAGUUAAUGUUUGAUAUGCUACCACAGAUAUAGAUGGGAAACCGUCCCGGUUCUACCGUCUUUACCACAGCAGCCCACUGUGCAGCACAUCUCUGUAACUAGAUCACCUGACCCUGCUUGGUUUUUUCCUGUCCACCUUUCCUCCUCCUCACACCGGACCAGUGCUCUUCUGGAUCAGUGCUCUUCUCUGAGUUGGCUGUCAGGCUCCUGGAAACUUUUUCUACUCUUGUUUUUUUUUUUCCAAUUUUUCUGCAAGCAUCAUGGGUAACAUAUUUUACUGGCUGUGGUACCACAGAAACUAUUUAAUCAUUGUCCUCACUCCAAUCGUCUUCCUACCCCUGCCGUUAGCCAUUCCUGGAACGCAAGCAAAAUGUGGCUAUGCGAUCAUCAUCAUGGCUCUGUACUGGUGUACGGAGUGCAUGCCUCUGGCUGUGACUGCCCUUCUGCCCGUCGUCCUCUUCCCAAUGAUGGGCAUCAUGAAGGCCGAAGAUGUCAGCAUUGAGUAUCUGAAAGAUUCCAACAUGCUGUUCAUCGGUGGUCUCCUGGUGGCCAUUGCGGUGGAGAACUGGAACCUCCACAAACGCAUCGCUCUCAGAGUUUUGUUGCUGGUUGGUGUGCGUCCAUCCCUGUUAAUGAUGGGCUUCAUGGUGGUUUCAUCCUUCCUGUCCAUGUGGAUCAGCAACACAGCUACCACAGCCAUGAUGCUGCCGAUCGCACAAGCUGUGCUCCAGCAGCUGAAAGCCACAGAGGCCCGGGCGGAAGAGCGAGAUAUCCAGGCAGCGGCUGAGGAAAACCUAGGCUUUGAACUAGAAAUCACAAAUACUAAGGAUGAAAUUGUUGACGAUAAAAAGCCAGAUUUAAAGCCCCAGCUAGAAAAUGGUGAAUAUGACAAUAGGCUUGCAUUAGAGUCCCAGCUGGAGCUGAGGAGGAGAGCAAUGGACGCCAAGUACGACCUCUUGACCAAAGGGAUGAGUCUGAGUGUGUGUUAUUCAGCUAGCAUCGGUGGCACAGCCACACUCACUGGUACAACCCCUAACCUCAUCCUCAAGGGUCAAAUUGACAAGCUCUUCCCUCAAAAUGGAGACGUGAUCAACUUUGCCAGCUGGUUUGGCUUUGCUUUUCCCAACAUGGUGCUGAUGUUGAUCAUCUCCUGGCUCUGGCUACAGUUUAUGUUCCUUGGCUUCAACCUAAAGAAGACCUUUGGCUGCGGCGGGAAAACCGACAGAGACAAGGAGGCUUAUGCUGUGAUGAGGGAGGAGUACAGGAAGCUGGGCGGCAUGAAGUUUGCUGAGGGGGCAGUGCUCACCAUCUUUGUCCUGCUCGUGCUCCUCUGGUUCACCAGGGAGCCAGGCUUCAUUCCUGGUUGGGCUACUGUGCUCUUCAACAAAGAUGACAACUUUGUGUCGGACGGAACGAUUGCUAUCUUAAUGUCAAUGCUAUUCUUCGUCAUCCCCUCCCGAUUGCCCAAAUGUAGCAGCUAUGGUACCAACGAGGCAGGUAAGCUAAUAAAGGCUCCAGCAACUCUGCUGAACUGGCAGGUGGUCCAUGAGAGGAUGCCCUGGAACAUCAUCUUGCUGCUGGGAGGAGGCUUUGCUCUGGCUGCCGGUAGUGAGGUGUCAGGUUUGUCCAAGUGGCUGGGAGACAGCUUGGCCCCUCUUCAGAAGAUCCCUCCCUUUGCCAUCUCCAUGUUGCUGUCCCUGCUUGUUGCAACAUUCACAGAGUGCUCCAGCAACACAGCCACCACCACCCUCUUCCUGCCAAUUCUGGCUUCAAUGGCAACAGCCAUCAAGAUUCAUCCACUCUAUGUGAUGCUGCCCUGCACCAUCGCUGCCUCUCUGGCAUUCAUGCUGCCUGUAGCUACACCACCCAAUGCCAUCGCCUUCUCAUUUGGAAACCUGAGGGUCGUAGACAUGGUUAAAGCUGGCUUCAUGUUGAACAUCAUUGGGAUCCUGUGCAUUAAUCUAGGCAUCAACACCUGGGGAUACGUCAUGUUUGACAUGGGCACAUUCCCUCAGUGGGCCAACACCUCUCAGAGCCAACCUUGAGUGAGUGAGUGAGAGAUGAAGACAGGUAGAAACAACUAGUUAUUCAGUAAAAAAAUCGUUUUAUUAAUGGCACUGGUGAAGUUUACUGACGCUCCUAUAAGUGUUCUUAAUGCACACAAAAAGAAUGACUCAUCUAAACCAGUGAGAGAAGCUCAGAAUCUAACUAAUUGAAUACAGAUAUUAUUUGUCAUUCAAAAACACAGUAUUUCUAACUUUGGCAGAAAAUAGUUGGCUCAUCACUUAAUGGAUGGAGUCAAAGGCUUUUUGUGGCCUUUUAAGGGACUUAACACAGACACUUUGACUACACCCAACUGUGUAACUUACUUUUUCCUGCAAUUGUAAACAACUACAUACAGUAUUUAAAUUAAGAUAAUUCUGACUACUCUACUCUACUACAAUGAGAUCAUUCUGAGGGAUACUUGCUUUUCAGGAAAACAGGAAAUGAGAUUGGUGUUAAUUAUUUUUAUCAGUUAAUUUAAUUUAUUAUUGUGUUCCUUUUUUGUUUGUUUUUGGUUGCAUACUUUAUCUUAUCAGUGUUCUUGUCACAAGCGCUCAUUAGUUUUAUAUUUGAAUGAUUUGUAAAUACCAAAGCAGCCGACACUAGAUGAUUAUUUAUAUUGUUAUGUUUUUUGUUGUUGUUUUUCUUUUUUAAUGGUGCAUAUUUCUUCUAGGGGGUAUCACUAUUGUAGAAUGGUCUCCAGUAUAGCUGCACCCAUCAUGAUAUUGGAAUGCUCGGGAAAAACAACUCAGAUAUGGACUGAAAUAUUUCCAGGAUGCAAAGAUAGUGCCCCAGUGAAGUAAUGUUUAAGAACUACUUCCAGAAUCUUGCAUUGUCCCUAUGCAGAUCUACAACUAUGCCGUCCGAAUCCUUUAAUAUUCAGUUUACAUGAUGCAAGCUCAGAGGUUUCCCUGAGAAAGCAAUAUGAAAUAACAAGCUUGUAAACAGUCUUUAGAAUCAGGGUGCUUGUGCCCUUAAAGUGUGUGUUGUUUUUGUAUUAAGCCAAAGCAACCAUCAAAACGGUGUCCACAAAGAUGGUGGCCCUUAUGUAAAAAAAUAUAUAUUUUUGAUCGCUUAUAUCCUUUUUCUGACCCGCAUCAGGCAAUGCUAUCCUGUAAACCCAAAAAGAAUGUGGCAAAAGUGUUUCCUCAAUGUUAUUUUUUCAAUGUGACACUCAAAUGAAAACACAGUUAUCACAAUUUGAUGUCAAUGUCAUAUUAUACAAAGGCCCAUUGUUUAAGUUCCUUCCCUCACAUUUCAGAAGCCACAGUCCCAGUCACUGAGCAGCUUAAAAAGUCUGAUCAGAUAAUAAAAGAACAGCUCUUCAGCUGAAGAGAAGCAUGCAGUAUGGUUAGACGCUUUUUUCUGCUCCUGUCAGAUCAUGUCCAAACAGUUUACCUAUGCUGAGAUGUAAAACACUUUGAAAGAUUACAGUGUGUCCGAAAACAUUUUAUCUUGGAACCUGUAAAUAUGUUCCUUUCAGAUAAUGUUUAAGUGUCACACUGACUUGGCACUCACCAUUUUGAGCCCUAACGUGAGUUGAAUCAAGUUGAAUCCUAAUUAUUCUUAUCAUGGUUAAGGUGUCCCUUUACUCCACCAAAUAUUUUGAACUUUUGCGCACUGCACACUUGAGU